AUGUUGACAAGUUCACCGUUCACCAUGCGACACGACGUGAUUGAUACAAGUCGAGUGGAUGUAGCGAUUAAGAUAAUAGAUGUCGAGCAAGGCAAGAAGGAUUACGUGAUGAAGAACCUGACGAGGGAGGCGAAGGUGCUGUCAAUGCUACAGCAUCCAAGCAUCGUGAGACUAUACGAAACUAUCCGGUGCGGAUCCGUGUACUAUCUCGUGACGGAACUCGCGACCGGCGGCGACCUGUGCACGCACAUUAAGGAGCAGCCGGCCGGUAAACUGGACGAGAACACGGCGAGGCUCUAUGCCAGACAGCUGGUCGCCGCUCUCAAGCACAUGCACUCGAAAGGAGUCGUUCACCGGGAUCUCAAAAUGGAGAAUAUCGUGCUGCAGGACGAACGCAAGGAACAUAUCAAGAUAGUGGAUUUCGGUCUCAGCAACAUUUAUGCCAGCGACGAUCCUCUGCGAACGCACUGUGGAUCUCCGGAGUAUGCUGCUCCCGAACUCUUCGUCGUGGGUAAACGAUAUGGGCCGGAAGUAGAUUUAUGGAGCCUAGGAGUCGUUUUGUACGGAAUGACAAUUGGUCGACUUCCGUUUCUGUGUCCCCGCGACGAAUGGACAUCGUCGGAGGAACGUCGACGGAGAUUGAUGAUCCAGAUCAACAGGGGCUUGACGUCGAUCCAAGAAAAAGCCAUGUGCCAAACAUCGAUUGAGUGUAGGAACUUGAUAAACCGUUUGCUCGUCCCAUUAGCUCGUGAGAGAAUCACUAUUCGAGAGAUCCUUGAUCAUCCGUGGAUCCUCGCGUCGUCGAAGAACAAUCUAUGUUUUGAAAACGACUUGAAGGUUUCCGAUCAUCUCGCGAUAAUAAACGAGAUUGCGACGGCAAUGCGAACAAACGUAGUCGCUGUCGAGGCUGAAUUAAUGAGACGAAAGUAUGGGGAAAUCGGCGGCAUAUAUAAUAUCAAAGCACACAAAUUACACCAAACAACCGUUGCUGCUUAUCAAUUAACACCACGACUCCUUCGAAAUUCCACAUGUCGAAUUGAAAAUGUAUCGUCGUCGACCAUGACUAUCAGAACGACGAAGGACAAUUAUCAAAAUAGUACACCCAAAAAUUCUGACAAUACUGAUCGCAUAAUCGUUAUGCGACGCGGCCAGAUGCAAGAACAGUCGGCCAAACAAUCCUCAUUACACGGUUCCACGACAUGGAACUGGCGAUGCCGCUCCGGAAACGGAAAUCGUUCUUCCGAGGAACGGAGAAAUUCCAGAAUUCGCUACGAAACAUCUACCAUGAACCCGUCUUCAUCGCCCCAACAAUAUCAUGUAUCGCAAAUUCUAAAAAGUCAGGACGAUAGAAUUUCAGAUCGACGAUUAUAUAGAAACGAAACGUAUCAAUCGAGAAAUUCUGCAUCCUAUACUAAUCCUAAAAGGACAGGAAAGAGCGAAGGUUUCUCUAGAAAUUAUAAAAUGGACUAUGAAAUAACCCCUAGUCGUUCGAUUUUGCAAACCUAUUCGCGUGUUAGCAGCGAAAGCAUGCCUACUUCGCGAAACAAAGAGAGCUUUCAUAAAAAAAUACUUUCUCCACCAUGGCGAUAUCGAGUUGCAAGUGCGAGAACUAGAAGGAAUAUAUGAAAGUGGAAAUACUUUUGAAAUGAUUGAAUACGUUUUUAUUUUCUUUAACGAAUAUUACUAUUGUAUAAAUAUACGCGCGUCUAUUGAAACCGACGAUUAAUUUCAUUAAAUUGCUCGG